AUUUAGCAAACGUGGUGGAGUUAACCAACAAACACCAUGAUUGCGUCUACAUUCAUUUUGAUUCCAGGGAGUUUCUGAGAUACCAAGAGAUCUGUGAUGAGAAGAGCUAGAGAAGAGACGGUGGCGUGGAGAUACUUUAACAGAGAUGUUGUGCCUUUUGCUGCCAUGUUUACGGUGGAGUGUACCACUGUUGGAGCGAACACACUGUACAAGGCUGCCUCUCUAAGAGGAUUGAGCUUCUAUGUCUUUGUCUUCUACUCUUAUCUUGUUUCGACACUUCUCCUUCUCCCACUUUCCCUCAUCUUUGGAAGGUCAAGAAGAUUGCCUCCAGCCAAAUCUCCUCUGUUCUUCAAGAUUUUCAUACUUGGGCUUCUCGGGUUCAUGUCGCAGAUAGCUGCUUGUAAGGGUAUAGAAUACAGUUCUCCUACUCUCGCUUCUGCUAUCAGCAACCUCACGCCAGCUUUCACAUUCACACUCGCCGUUAUCUUCAGGAUGGAACAAGUAAGGUUAAGGAGCUCUGCGAGUCAGGCUAAAAUCAUUGGCGCAAUACUAUCUAUAUCUGGUGCUCUAGUAAUUGUGCUAUAUAAAGGCCCAAAGGUUCUCUCUGGUGCAUCUUUUACACCUUCAUCAUCUCUACCCAUUUCGGUUGACCAGAAUUUGACUUCGUCCGAUUCAAGUUGGAUGAUUGGGGGCCUAUUUCUUGCUUCACAGUAUUUUCUUCUAUCAGUCUGGUAUAUUCUUCAGCUGUAUCUGGUUCAGACUCGGGUUAUGGAGACAUACCCUGAAGAAAUAAGAGUAGUCUUCUUCUACAACUUAUUUGCAAUGAUAAUCUCAGCACCAGUGUGCUUAUUUUUGGAAAGAAACUUGACUUCAUGGGUGCUUAAACCAGAUAUAUCCCUCGCUGCAAUCGUAUACUCGGGAUUCUUCGUUUCAUUGUUCAGCGCGCUUACCCACACAUGGGGUCUACAUCUGAAAGGCGCUGUCUACAUAUCCUUGUUUAGGCCAUUGUCUAUCGCGAUUGCAGUCGCCAUGGGUGCUAUUUUCCUCGGUGAUGCACUUCACCUUGGGAGGUACCAUAUCUUCCAUAUUCUUCAUUUCUAGCAUUGUCAUUGGAUCAAUGAUAUUAUGCUUUGGGUUCUACACGGUAAUUUGGGGCAAAGCAAGAGAGGAUUCAACCAAAACUGUAGCUGGUUCUGAGCAUUCACCUUUGCUGCUUACGCACGUCGUUGGAGACUAAGACUUGUUGGAUUAAUGCAAGUGAUAAUCCUUAAUACUAUUGAUUUGUAAAAAUUUGCACAAUACCAGUCUUCUAUAAUAUUAUUUGCGAAUUAUUUUUU